AUGAUGCUAAUUCCAUCAGCACCAAAGAAUCAAAAAGGUGAACAAAAGAUCCCGAAAUUUAUUAGCUUUGAUUUGAUUAGCCUGUCGAAACAGGUUGGCUUUAAUAUCAAAGCGGAUGACAAAAGUCAUUCAAAAAAGAAAGAAAAAAAACAAUUUCUUAUGAAUGAAACAUUUCGUGCUGUUUUCCUUUGUGAUCUCAAUUUAAACCUCCUUGACAUUUUUCCCUUGAGCUUUGGUCAAUUUCAGAGCACAAAACCAAUUGGUAUAAAGAUGAAUUCAAUCAAGUGUAUAAUAGAUUAUGAUUUAGAAAAUUGA